GGCCGUCACUCCUCAGUGAUGGCAGGGAUCAUCUGUGAUCCACAAAGGGAGUUGAGUAUGUGAUUUGUGUGCAUUUUUGGUCCGGUCAAUAAAUUUGAUUGACUGUUAAUGAACUAUUCGACAGUGCGAAGCAAUAUAUUAUUGUUAAUAAAGCGCACAAAAUCGAGAUUUCUCUUCGUCGUAAAAAAAAAAUGUACAAGUCAUGAAUAAUUGCUACAAAUAAUAAAAAUUCGCUUGUCGACCUGGUCAGAUGUGUCAAGUUGUUUAUCGUGAUUAUUAUUUAUCGCUUCGAAAAUAUCGAGGGAAAGAUUCACGAUGCUGUGUCGCGAUGGAGCUCUCAGUUUAUUCUGCUUUAUCGCAGCGGGUUUAAUCUCGCUCUCCCCUGAAUUGCAGUUCAGGUUAGGAUUUAAUAUUUAUGCCGCAAAUUUUUCAAAUAUCUGGCUUUUACAUGCGAUACAGUACAUUCUCAUAAACGUGUCAGCGUUGCUGGCGUUUCGCGGUUUUGCUUAUCAAGUAGCAAUCAGAGCGUUGUUUCUUGGAUAUGUAUUUGGAGCUGGUAUCUUGGUAUCGAUCAACGCUCCACCAUCGUGGCAGGCGUUUGGCAUUUAUGCGACAGUAUUAUCGACUUUCCAUUACACGGAAUUUCUAGCUAUAGCAUGGACAAAUCCAACUGCAUUGUCGAUCGACAGUUUCAUACUUAAUCACAGCGUAGCGUACGGGGUAGCGGCGUGUCUCAGUUGGGUAGAGUUUCUCAUAGAGAGGCAUUACUUUCAAGAGAUAAAAGUAUCUUCCCCCGUGUCCUAUCUUGGUCUGAUAUUAUGCAUUUCUGGCGAAGUUCUAAGAAAAUCAGCGAUGUACACUGCAAAACACAAUUUCAACCAUAUUGUGCAAAGUGAGAAAAGCGACAAUCACGUUCUUGUUACGCACGGUGUAUACAAGCUUUGUAGACACCCCAGUUACGUAGGGUGGUUUUAUUGGUCCGUCGGAACGCAGUUAAUACUUCAAAAUCCACUAUGCCUUUUUGCGUACGCACUGAUGUCAUGGACUUUCUUCCACGAUCGUGUUCUGAUUGAAGAAAUGACUUUAUUAAAUUUCUUCGGCGAUGACUAUGUUGAAUAUCAAAAGAGAGUAGGUACUGGACUUCCAUUUAUUUCUGGGUAUAAGAUUAAUUCAUAGCACCCUAUAUUGGUGUAAUCCUAGUUUGUAAAAAAUUUGUUCUAACAAAUCGAAAAACAUGUUUUGUAGAAAGUAAUUAGAUAAUUAAUCGUAAAUAUCAAAAUUUAGAAAUUUUUUGGCAUACAGAUGAUUUUGAAAAUAAUUUAUUAA